AUGGCGCCUUUAGCAACUCUCGAAUACUUCCGCCUACCGCCACGCUGGCUCUUCGUCAAGCUCACAGACAGCGAAGGCAACGUCGGCUGGGGUGAGGCAUCACUCGAGGGUCAUUCAGAGGCUGUGGAAGGAUGCCUCGAUGCGUUCCGCGAGCGAUUCGUCGGCAUGGACGCUGACCGAAUCGAGCAUAUUUGGCAGCAUGGAUAUCGGAUGGGAUUCUACCGCGGCGGCCCAGUCAUCAUGAGUGCUUUGGCUGGCGUGGACAUAGCGCUAUGGGAUAUGAAAGCACGAAAACUCAAUGUCCCAAUCUACGAGCUCCUCGGCGGCAAAGUACGCGACAAACUCAAAGUCUACGCCUGGAUCGGCGGCGACCGGCCCUCCGACGUCGAAGUCGCCGCCAAAUCCCGCCUCGCCCAAGGCUUCACUGCCAUCAAGAUGAACGCCACCGAAGACGUCGGCUGGCUCGACUCGCCCUCCAUCCUCGACUCCGCCGCCAAACGCCUCGAAACCGUCAAAGCCUUGGGUCUAGACGCCGGCGUCGACUUCCACGGCCGCAUCCACAAACCCAUGGCCGCCCAACUCGCCAAGCGGCUGGAGCCAUACCAUCCACUAUUCAUCGAGGAGCCCUUGCUGAGCGAGAACCCCGAAGCAAUCGCGGACCUUGCAAAGCAAACAUCCAUCCCCAUCGCGCUCGGCGAACGCCUGCACAGCCGAUGGGACAUGAAGCCCUUCCUGACCUCCGUCGCCAUCUUCCAGCCCGACAUGUCCCACGUAGGCGGCAUCUCCGAGCUGCGCCGCAUGGCGGUGCUAGCAGAAACCUACGACGCCGCACUGGCACCGCAUUGUCCGCUCGGACCGCUGACGCUGGCGGCGGAGAUGCAGGUCGAUGCGGUGAGUGCGAAUUUCGCGAUUCAGGAAAUGAGUUUGGGGAUUCAUUAUAAUGUUGGGACUGAGGCGGAUUUGACGAGUUAUGUCAAGAAUCCGGAGGUGUUUGAUGUGAAGGAAGGGCAUGUGGCGGUGCCGGAGGGGCCAGGGUUGGGGGUCGAGAUUGACGAAGCGUGGGUGAGGAGGGCGAGUGUUGGAGUGGAUGGGAAGGGGUCCAAGGCGUGGCGGAGUCCGGCUUUUGUGGGGGCGAAUGGGGAGUGGAGGGAGUGGUGA